CACUUUCCUCUCUCUCUCUCUCUCUCUCUCUCUCUCUCUCUCUCUCUCUCUGUUUCUGUCUCUCUCUCGGUCUCCCGGUCUCUCUCUCUCUCUCUCUCUCUCUGUCUCUCUCUCUCUUCCUCUCUCUGUCUCUCUGUCUCUCUCUCUCUCCCUCUGUCUCUCUCUCUCUCUCUCUCUCUCUAUCUCUCUCCACUGCACAACAGUCCCGUGUUGCUUCUACAUAUCACACUCUUUCUCUCUCUCUCUCUCUCUCUCUCUCUCUUUCUCCCUUUCUUUCUCUCACGUGCCCUCACUCCACCCCUUCUCUCUCCCUCUUUCGUCCAUUAGCAGGAAGAGCGAGACGAGGCGGCUGACGGCAGACGGAGCAGAAGCAGCAGCAGCAGCAGCAGCAGAAGAAGGAGAAGAAGAAGAAGGUGAAUAAAGAGAGAAGGAGGAGCAGAGAGCAAACAACUGAAUAAGAAGAGAGGAGAAGCAAAGCAUCAUGGACGCUCUGAAGAAGGGAUUCUCCAUGGCGAAGGAUGGAGUGGUGGCCGCCGCCGAGAAGACGAAGGCCGGAGUGGGGGAGGCCGCGGCCAAGACCAAGGAGGGGGUCAUCUACGUCGGAAACAAGACGAUGGAGGGAGUGGUGACCGGUGUUAACACAGUUUCCCAGAAGACGAACGAGCAGGCCAACGUCGUUGCCGACACCGCGGUUGCCGGGGCCAACGAGGUUGCCCAGGCGACGGUGGACGGGGUCGAGAAUGCGGCGGUGGCGAGCGGAUUCAUCAGGGCGGAGGAGGCGGGACCAGUGGCUGAGGAGACUGACAUUCCAAAACCAGAAGCAGGGGGAGAACAGACCGAACAGGCUGCACAGUAGACUUUCGUCCUUGCCGUCCUGCAGUCACUCCCUGUUUCUUCCUGUCCAGUGAGGAACGACAGAAAAGGAACCUUUACAUUUUAGCCGUCGCUCAGCCCUUUGACCUUUGACCUCUGAUCCUCCCUAACCCCUAAAAGAUUCUUCAUCCACAGUGUGCAACUAAACCUCAUUAACCAAUAGAAACCAUCCUCAUCGUCCCUCCUGUUGCCAUGGUUACACUGCCUCUUACUCCACUCAUCGUACACACACUGAUGUCAGUUUUUAACACUCAGAAAUGGAUCUAAUAUGCAAAAACACUCUCAGCUGAUUGGUCAGUGUGAGAUGACAUCACCCAAGCCGAGCGUUCACAUUUGAUCCCACCAAUAUCAUACAAGCUCCGCCCCUCCUGUCAAUCACCAGGCUGACUCCACCCCCUGACAGACAGACAACCUUUUAAAUGCAUGUUGCUUUACUGAGACACUUAAAAUACUAGAAAACACACACACACACACACACACACACACACACACACACACACACACACACAUCCAC